UUUUUAAACUUGAAAUUUUUUUAAUUUCUUAUCGAACUUUUCGGUAUUUUCAUUUUAUUUCUAUCAGAUUUCUUAGAAUCCACGAUGCAGGCACUAAGAAAGAAGCUCACACAAUUGGCACUGGCUCAACUAUGCCAGCAUAAUCCCAACAGUGGCCUCGUUGCGAUGGUUAACCGCUCAUCGAACGUGCAACAAAAACGUCGCAUGUCAAUGGACACAUUGUAUGGAGCCGAAUCUUGCGAGGACUGCGUUGAGUCAUACCGAAUGCCGGCUGCUCGAGAAGAUCUUAAAAAAAUAGAAGCACCCGACCCAUUUAAAGCCAAAGAUCCCUGUUGGCAAUCGCUGCGGCGCACAGAAUACAAAUGUCGUACUGAUCCAGAGUUUAUGUUGCCAUCGUUUAUUGAUGCAAGCAAGAAGUGCCUGUCAGAUCCUUGUGCAUGGGACGUGCCGCGCGCAGAUCUCAUCCACUACAGACCGUCCGACAAGCUGAAGCGCAAGUAUCAGCGCACUUGGAUAAAGUGCGUGGUCAAGAAGCGCAAAAUGAAGAUGCACUGCGCCUGCAUUCCAGUGAGAACAAAGAAACGUACGUUCAAGAAGAAGUCCAAAAUCUCGAAAUGCGAGGUUUCUUCCUGUACACUUGGAGUGUCAGACGCCAGCCUCGCGGACUGCCAAGCGAUAAAGCCGGUGAAAACGACUUGCCCCAAAAUAAAUAUGCCUGGCUGUAAGCCUGGCCGAUUGCCGCCCGCAUGCCGAAGAGGACAUCGGGCGCCUUCGAAAUGCCGCAAGCGUUUAACAAAGUAUCCAGCGUUCUCCGAAUGCUUGAUAGACCCAUUGCCAACGGCGCCACCAGUGGAAUGCAAUUGUCUGAAGACACCCUCGAUGUGCAGCGUCUGGGAGUACUUCCGCAACAAGAAGUCUUAGGUUCAGUCAACCAAAAUAAAUAAUAAUAAUAAAA